GUAAGACAAGGGUCGCUGUAGACAGACCAUUCAUACAGAGUCCAGGAUCAGUGAAAAGGUUCACCGAAUAUUAUAGACUUUUCUUCAGCUGCUUACAUCAUGAGCGGCGAACAAGGCGUGAGUUUCGACCCAAAAGAGCACCAGCAUUUGCGGUACAACCCACUGCGGGACAGCUGGGUCCUGGUGUCGGCCCACCGCAUGAAGAGACCGUGGGCUGGACAAGUGGAAAAACCUCCAGAGGAGCACAUACCUAAAUAUGAUCCGAAAAACCCUCUUUGUCCCAGGAACACACGAGCAAAUGGACAGGUAAAUCCUGACUAUGACAGUACUUUUUUGUUUGAAAAUGACUUUCCAGCUCUUCAACCAGAUGCCCCAGAUCCUGGGGAGGAUCAACAUCCAUUAUUUCAGACUCGUGCUGCCAGGGGCAUCUGUAAGGUCAUGUGUUUUCAUCCCUGGUCUGACGUGACACUCCCUCUCAUGAAAAAGCAAGAAAUUGUGAAGGUGGUUGAGAAGUGGGUGGAAAUCCUAGAGGAACUGGGUGCUACAUACCCGUGGGUUCAGAUCUUUGAGAAUAAGGGUGCAAUGAUGGGCUGUUCAAACCCGCAUCCUCACUGCCAGGUGUGGGCCAGUAACUUUCUGCCAAAUGAGCCGGCUCUAUCGGACCGCUGCCAGAGAAAUUACUAUCAAAAGCAUGGAGAACCGCUGCUGCUGGAGUAUGCGAGGCAAGAAGCUGAGAGAAAGGAUCGUGUGGUGGUAGGGAAUUCUGCUUGGCUGGCAGUGGUUCCAUACUGGGCGACUUGGCCUUACCAGACAUUGCUGUUGCCACGGCGACAUGUCCUCAGACUCACUGACCUGACAACUGAGGAGAGAGAGGGUCUGGCAGAUAUUAUGAAGCAGCUGUUGAUCAAAUAUGACAACCUGUUUGAAGUUUCUUUUCCCUACUCUAUGGGCUGGCAUGGAGCACCAACUGGCCCCCAUUUGAAAGAGGAUAACUCCCACUGGCAGCUUCACGCUCAUUACUACCCGCCUCUCCUGCGUUCAGGCACGGUAAAGAAGUUUAUGGUGGGGUACGAGAUGCUUGCCCAGGAGCAAAGGGAUCUUACUCCUGAACAGGCUGCCGAGAAGCUAAGAAAUCUGCCAGAUCAGCACUAUAAAACCAGGGAGAACCAGGAGAUGGAAGAAAAAAGGAAAAGUCAGCGUGACGGGUGAUACAAACAAUUCAAUGAAGGCAGUAUAAUCAAGAAGUUCACUAAAAAUACAAUUAAAAACACAUGCAAAAAGAUUUCAGUUUUUCCCCCCUUUCUGCUUAGUGCAUCACUAGUCCAUUUUUAAUACAAAAGUUUUGUGAGAAACAUGUAACCCUUGUGCUAUCCUAUGGGGUCAAGAUGACCAUUGACAUGUUCUCCCUACCAUGACAAGGGUAGAUAAAGGUGGAGAGGAUUCAUGUAAUCAAGGAAACCAGUGAAGAUCACAAAUAAAUGAAGAAAAAAAAGUUCAGCGCACUGUCUAGUGGGGUCUAGAUGACCCCACUUCCAAUGUUAAUGCCUAGGAUAGCACAAGGGUUAAAAGUGGCUUUAAUGACACUCAGCCUUUCAAACCUUUUCUUUGCCAAAGUAGGAUGAAAACAUUUCAUAUAUGUUUGCUUCUGAGCUUCCUUCAUUAAUUGGAUUUGAAAUCAAAUGUGGUACAAUGCCCUUCUUCUUUCUUAGAAUGUAGAAUAACCAAAUAUUAUUCAGCCUCCUCUGUUAAAUUUGAAGAAAUCCUGUCUGGCUCUAAUGGAAAGCUUUCAACCAUAAUGUUUUGUCUCUUGGAAUAGUUUUAAGGUGUUUGUUCACUUAAGUAAAGUGUUAUUUUUUAGUAUUUUUUAUAUGAAACUUUAAUAAAUGUCAUUUUAACCUUAAAUGACUUAGAAAGCAUGAGAUAUAUUUUCAAGGCAAAUAUAAGUUGUAGCUGUGUGUGCUUCUAUCAAAAACCGGUCAUUUAUGGCCUCACAUUGUCAUUUAUUGUCUUCUUUUUAUGUUUAUCAAUAUAUCUUGGCCUGCUUUUAGUAGCUGAAAAAUAAAAAUGGAAAAAUGCACAUGAGGCUGUUAUGUCAUGUACCACAUACCAUUUCCCUCAAAGGGGGGAUGUUUUAUUUCGUUUACUUUUUUUUCUUAAACUUUUUGCAUUAAAACAACGUAAAAUGUUCUCCUUAUACUUUAGGGUAACAAGUGCUUUGAAAAAAUUGAGUUUUGAAUGUCAAAGCCCCAUUAGUUGUCACAUCAGUACCUAGGUGUGUGAAAUUUGUGCUCUCCAUUUGACCACUUUAUGACCCCCCCCCCCAAUCCAACCCCUUAAUGCUGAAUGUCAAGCAUGGUCACUCACGGCGCCAGAGGAGGAAGCACGGGUAGGCGACGCAGGAACGCUGGAACUUCUUCAAAGAAAGGUGGCCGAUGUUUCUGACUGGCAAAAUGUCCUGGAUUAGGGAUUUUGGACAAAAAACGAAAAUCUAAAAGCAACCAGCAGGAAGGUUGAUUUUAGUGUGACACUUAUCAAAAAAAGUAAAAUCCUGUAAAUACAGAGGAGCAACAGACGGCAGGCCGGAUACACUGGCACCAUCUUGCACUUCCGGGUUGGAGUAACUCAAAUAACCACUCGUUACAACUGAAGUAUGCAGAAGAACAUCUUUGAACACACAACACAUCCAACCUUGGGGCAGAUGGGCUACAACAGCAGGAGACCACACUGGGUGCCAAUCCAGUCAGCUAAGAACAGGAAACUCAGGCUACAAUUCCCGCAGGCUCGCUA